UGGAAAUAUACGACUUUGCCAGAAUUUAGCUUGAUAACGUGCUACUUAGCUAGCCACCUGGAGAUUUACACAGAUGAUGUCAGUUUAAAAGCCGCUUUAAACGUCAAAACACAACCUGCUGUUGUACCCUCCCAUAAAGUGAACACAGGGAGGCUGAUAUUCAUCCCUCCAGUUCCCAGGGAUCCCUCAGCCUGCCCUGAUGAAGGCCGAGCAAGACGAAGACCUCCUGGAAGAGGACUCCCCUCAGGAGAAUGGAGCUGAGACAAACCAGUACAGCUCCGUCUCUCCUCCUUCCUCACCAGUAGCCCAGGAUGAACCCUUCUCCACAUACUUUGAGGACAAGGUGGCCAUUCCUGACAAUGUCAGCCAGGUGUUCAGCUUCCGUAAACUCUGGGCCUUCACUGGACCGGGGUUUUUGAUGAGCAUUGCUUACUUGGAUCCAGGGAACAUCGAGUCCGACCUGCAGUCCGGAGCUAAAGCCGGCUAUAAGCUCCUGUGGAUCCUCCUUGGAGCCACCAUCAUCGGGCUGCUGCUGCAGAGGCUGGCUGCGCGCCUCGGGGUCGUCACGGGGAUGCACCUGGCUGAAGUCUGCAACCGCCAGUAUUCCACAGUUCCUCGGGUCCUGCUUUGGGUGAUGGUGGAGCUGGCGAUUAUUGGCUCGGACAUGCAGGAGGUCAUUGGCUGUGCCAUCGCUCUCAACCUUCUCUCAGUGGGCAGGAUACCACUGUGGGCAGGAGUCCUCAUCACCAUCACUGACACAUUUGUGUUCCUCUUUCUAGACAAAUACGGAUUGAGGAAACUUGAAGCCUUCUUUGGAUUCCUCAUCACCGUAAUGGCUCUGAGCUUUGGUUAUGAGUAUGUGGUGGCAGCACCAGACCAAACGGAGCUUCUGAAGGGGAUGUUCAUCCCUUACUGCUCCGGCUGCGGGUCUGUGCAGCUGGAGCAGGCCGUGGGAAUUGUAGGCGCCGUCAUCAUGCCCCACAACAUCUACCUGCACUCAGCACUGGUCAAGUCUCGGGAUAUUGAUCGGAAAAAUAAGAAUGAAGUAAAGGAAGCCAACAAGUACUACUUCAUCGAGGCAACCAUCGCUCUGUUCAUCUCCUUCCUGAUCAACGUCUUUGUCGUAGCGGUCUUUGCCGAGGCCUUCUACGGCAAAACCAAUAAUGACAUGAAUCAAAAGUGCAAUGAAACCGGCCUCCUGCCAAAAGAGCUCUUCCCUCAUAACAACGAGACACUGCAGGUGGACAUCUACAAAGGGGGAAUUGUGCUGGGCUGUAUCUUCGGACCUGCAGCCCUCUACAUCUGGGCCAUAGGAAUCCUGGCAGCUGGACAGAGCUCCACCAUGACAGGCACUUACGCUGGGCAGUUUGUCAUGGAGGGAUUCCUGAACCUUCGUUGGUCCCGUUUUGCGCGGGUUCUGCUGACCCGCUCCAUCGCCAUCACUCCUACACUGCUGGUUGCCAUUUUUCAGGAUGUUAAGCAUCUGACGGGGAUGAACGACUUCCUGAACGUUCUUCAAAGCAUGCAGCUUCCUUUUGCUUUGAUCCCAAUUCUGACCUUCACCAGUAUGAAAUCCAUUAUGAACGACUUUGCAAACGGAAUGGUGUGGAAGAUUUCAGGAGGCAUCGUCAUCCUGGUGGUUUGUGCCAUCAACAUAUACUUUGUGGUGGUGUACGUCACGGCGCUGCACAGUGUGCUGCUCUAUGUCCUCGCUGCUCUGCUCUCCUUGGCCUAUCUGUGCUUUGUGGGCUACCUGGCCUGGCACUGCUUGGUUGCCCUGGGGGUUUCCUGCCUGGACUUUGGCAGCAGGAUGCAACUGUCCCGGCACACUGACAUUUACCUACUGACUGACAUGGACACUGACACUGGUUGAGAAGAAGGAGGACGCGAUGUGAGCAGAUGUUGAUCUGAUGACCCGACAGUAGCGAGGGACCACUGAAACUCGGCCAGUAUGUGCUAGUCUUCACCUCUCUGUGCCUAGCAUGUCUUUAAAGUGUCCUUAAAGUACACACUGUGUUGUACACACAGUAAUGUGUAAUCCAAUUGAGGAUGUUUUUUAUUGUAAAUGCCUUGUCAAUCUCAGCCAAAUAAUGUUAAUGCAAAUAAUGGUUUAAUAUCUCGGAAAGAUGUUUGUUCCUGUAAUAAAGCAAACACUAAUAAAAAACACUUAUUUAAGUCCAAUAUAACAUGUUUUGCCAACUAGACAAUACUGUGAGGAACAUGCUUUCUACACAGAAAUUGCACAAUAAUAAACUUACAAUUCCACAUCAUGGAGAUAACAGUGAAUUAAAUUCAGAGGGGUUCAGAGACAGUCAGCUGUUUUCAGAGGAUGCUGCACUUAGUGUGCCGCGGACCUAAAAUAUUUCCAGCAGUCUGCACAUUUCAUUCAGUCUUCUUGGUUUAGCUGAAAUUACAUUAGAAAUAUAUAUUUAUACAUUUGCCAUGGUUACACAGCCCUGUGACAGAAGGUUCUGAAAAGUCUGAUAUGAAUGUCAAGAUGUUAUUUAAAACAUGUUUUUCAUUUGGUAGGAACUGAAUAGCUGUCCUUGUUUGAUUGUAUGUGAUUAAAAUCUUUCAUCAAGAUGUUAAUAUUAAACGAAUAAAUUGUUUAAAUUAAUAUAUUGAAUAUCUAUAUAACCCUUGACAAAUAUACAAGGUAUUGAUGUGUGUUUAUUCACACUUUUUCCUGUGUUUUAUACUAUAUGAAAGAGUGACAGUUUAAUGUCAUUUUAUACACAGUUAUGCAUCUAUUUUAGGUGCUUGGAAUUCUGUUUCUUGGAAAUAAAGUUUAUAUAUCCUUCGUAUGUUUCCACAACAUAUUUCCAAUUAUUUGAAGGACUGGCUGAUUUUAAAUUAUUCAACAAAUGCCAGCGUGUAGGAUUUGAAAAUUCAUUAUAUUGGUGGUCCUUGGGUGUAGUAACUUAAAGACACUGUGACAGCAGACACUCACUUAAAACGAAAUAAUAUUACAUGUAUUCAGCAAAUGUAUACAUUCCCAUAUAAUUUAUUUAUGAUUUAUUUUUGUCAUAAAUGUAAAGUUAAUGACUAAAUGCAGCACUUGAAGUUUGAUCCCUAAAGAGUUUGCCUCCUAUUGAUAGAUCUUAUCUUAUUUAUCAUACACACAUGUACAUCACACAUACAUUUAUAUAUUUAUAUGAAUAUCAAAAUGUGGUAUUAUAUCAACUUAAUUUGCUCUUGUAAAUCUCCUUCUCAGUUAAGCUUAGGUCAGUUUGUCUGAGAUGUUUUUAUUCAUGUGUAGUUAUUUAAAAAAAUGUUUUGAUAAAUGCCUAUUUGGCCUGUACUGUAUGAUGUUUUAUUUUUGUUUAGUUAAGUUUAACAUUUUAAAAUGUUUGCUUGGCUUCUAUUUUGGGAUAUUAUGUAGAUAUAGAUUUUCUUUAUUGAGUUAAACUUGGGCAGGGGUGGGAUGUGUGCUAAAGGGCAUUAUGUUACAGAACAAGAUUGCAUUGAAAUUAAUGUGGAAGAACAAGAUAGAAAUUGGCACUGUGGUGCAAAAGAGUGAGGUACAUACAGUAAAUGGUUUAAAAGUGAAGUGAAGCAGAACAACACGUGUUCAUUUUAUCUCAGGGCUUCCCGUGUCCUGGCACAAAUUUGAGUAGUUGAAGUUUAAUAGAGGAGACAAGUGUAAGCAAAAAUGUGCUUGUGCACUUCACUCACUUGACACCUUUUAUAAGCAGAAGAAAACUGAAAUUAAAAUGAGAAUAGGACAAUGAAAAUUAUAUGAAAUAUAUAUCAAAUUAAUUCUAAAAACUCUUUAGCGGUUAGAUUGUGUUUGCUGGUUUGGGCUGAUAUAUACACCAAACCUUUGACCAAAUACUAAACUGAACUGCUGUGUUACUGUGCAGACGACCAGUGUGCCUCCUGAAUUCACCACUGUGCCUCAUUUCUACAAUCUAUCGCACACUAUUCUGUCAAAAAAACAUUUUUUUAAACCAAUACAAAUCAUUGUUGUUACAACACAACUAUAUUAUAUUUAGUUAAUCAAUAGCAUCUUUGUUAAACUAUGUGUGUAGGGUUGAGGUGUAGAGAGGGUAAGAUCUUUUCACAUAUUGUUUUGUGCAUUUUUCAUCAUACUUUUUGAAAGACUAAUAUUUUUGUUAGGAAAUGUAUUUUUUUUUUCACUGCAAGAUGUAUAAUAUUCUUAUGUGACAAUUGAUAUGAUUAUAAUGACAUGUCAUGCCAAAACAAACACCAAAUAUUUGUGCAAAAAUUGUUUUUUUUAAAGAUUCUCCUGAAAAACCAUUUGUUUUCAUUGAUGGGCUAACAGCAGAAGGUAAUGCUUAGCAGUUUGUAAAUGAAUUGGAAAUAUGUCACUGCAGGCCACAUGCAUUUGGUCAGAGAUGUAUUAUUUGACCUUCAGCCUGUCUAAUAAUCUAUCUUCUGAUAAAAUGUAUUAAACAAUUGGUUAUACAUUUGUUGUUUUAUCGCUGCAUCAUGUGUUGCAUUGUAAGUAGUGUAAAGGGUCUGAUUAUGGGAACACUUGUUUGUAUUGUCAGCGACCAUUUUUCUGGUUCCAUGGUCAGACAGGAAAUUGGUACUGUGAAAAUGCAGACUUUACUCAAUGGUUUUCUGAUAGGGUUCUUCUUUUGUCACCAUAUCUGUUUAUUUUCAAUGACCUCACUGCAAUCUCUUCUAUAUGUACAAAAACAGUUUUUUCUUGUUGAAUAAAAAAGUUAAAAUACCU